CUAAUGUCAUUCAUUACAUGUUGUAUAUUUUGUUUGUAGCGUGUCCAUUAAUUUCUAAUUUUCAAAGUAGGUAAGGUAAAAUAAUUGUAAUAUCUGAUCAGUUUAAAAAAUAUUCCAGCUAAGAUGACUGCUUCUGAGGUAUCGUUUAAUCGUAAAAUUAUAUCAGAAGAUUUGUCGAAUGUCGAGUUCGACACAAGCGAAGAUGUGGAAGUUAUUCCAACGUUUGAUUCAAUGGGAUUGCGGGACGAAUUAUUACGAGGGAUAUACACUUACGGAUUCGAAAAGCCCUCAGCCAUUCAACAGCGUAGCAUUUUACCUAUCGUUAAGGGGAGGGAUGUAAUAGCACAGGCUCAAUCAGGCACAGGCAAAACUGCCACAUUUUCAAUUUCUAUUCUUCAGUCACUGGAUACAACAUUACGCGAGACCCAAGUCCUGGUAUUGUCACCUACACGUGAAUUGGCAACACAAAUUCAGAAAGUUAUCCUUGCUUUAGGAGAUUUUAUGAAUGUACAGUGUCAUGCUUGCAUUGGUGGCACCAAUCUUGGUGAAGAUAUUAGGAAGUUGGAUUAUGGUCAACAUGUUGUUUCUGGAACCCCAGGGAGAGUGUUUGAUAUGAUAAAGAGACGUGUCCUGCGGACUAGAUCAAUCAAGAUGCUAGUAUUGGAUGAGGCAGAUGAAAUGUUGAACAAAGGUUUCAAGGAGCAGAUAUAUGAUGUCUACCGUUACUUGCCCCCAGCUACACAAGUAGUACUAAUCUCAGCCACAUUGCCCCAUGAAAUACUUGAAAUGACAUCAAAAUUCAUGACUGAUCCCAUUAGGAUCUUGGUAAAGCGUGAUGAGUUGACAUUGGAAGGCAUCAAACAGUUCUUUGUGGCAGUGGAACGUGAAGAGUGGAAAUUUGAUACACUUUGUGAUCUGUAUGAUACAUUGACCAUCACACAAGCUGUUAUCUUCUGUAACACAAAGCGGAAGGUAGAUUGGUUGACUCAAAAAAUGCAGGAAGCCAACUUCACAGUCAGCUCUAUGCAUGGUGACAUGCCUCAGAAAGAAAGAGAUAACAUCAUGAAGGAAUUCAGAUCUGGUCAGAGCCGUGUCCUCAUCACAACUGAUGUAUGGGCCAGAGGUAUAGAUGUGCAACAAGUGUCUCUAGUCAUCAACUAUGACUUGCCAAAUAAUCGUGAGCUGUACAUCCACAGAAUUGGCCGUUCUGGCCGCUUCGGACGCAAAGGUGUCGCCAUUAACUUCGUCAAGUCAGAUGACAUCAGGAUUUUGAGAGACAUUGAACAGUACUAUUCUACCCAGAUAGAUGAAAUGCCAAUGAACGUAGCAGAUUUGAUAUAAUUCCUUAGAACCACACAUUACUCAAUACUUAACUAAGAACUCUAUCGGUGGAUGGAUCAGUGUAACAUUCUUUCUGUAAAUUUUCCACAUCAUGCAGCAAAUAUCUGUUAUAUUAAGCCAAUUUCAUUGAAAUGUCUUAUUAUAUAAUAAUUG